CUUCAAAUGUGUGGUUAUUUUAAAUAAUGGACGAGAAUUGUGGACGUUUAAAGUAUAUUGAGCUAGAAAACUACAAGUCCUAUAAAGGAAAGCAGGUAAUUGGUCCUUUCAGCGUAUUCACUGCUAUUAUUGGGCCAAAUGGGUCGGGCAAGUCAAAUUUAAUGGAUGCUAUUAGCUUUGUUCUUGGAGAAAAUACUCGACAUUUACGUGUUCGUAGGCUUAAUGAUUUAAUCCACGGUUCGGUGGUUGGGAAACCCGUUGCAAAGUCAGCAUCAGUUACUGCAGUUUAUGAAAUGCCUGAUGGGGAAGAAAAGCGCUUUAGUCGUGUUAUUCACGGCAAUACAUCCGAGUACCGAAUAAAUGGGGUCUCUGUUCGUGUUGAUGAAUAUGCUGCUGCUCUGGAACAAAUACAUAUAUUUAUGAAGGUGAAGAACUUUCUGGUUUUCCAAGGUGCUGUGGAAAGUAUAGCUAUGAAAAAUGCACGUGAACGUUGUCAGAUGUUUGAGGAAAUUAGCAAAUCUGCUGAAUUAAAAGAAGAGUACGAUUUGUCGAAAAUGGAAAUGCAAAAGCUGGAGGAGAACGCAACUUUCAACUUGAACAAGAAAAAAGGCAUUGUUGCUGAACGAAAAGAAGCAAAGAUCGAAAUCGAUGAAGCUGAGAGGUACAAGAAACUGCAAAAUGAAUUGACGAAGAAACGACUGGAACUUCAUUUGUUCAAACUUUAUUACAAUGAUUUGGAAAUUAGACAUGUACGUGAGGAGCUCAAACAAAGAGAAGAAGCUGUUGCUGCUGAACAUGAACAGCGUCAGUUGAUUGAAGAAGAAAUGAAGGAGAAACGUCGUGAAUUAGGCAAAAUCAAUCGAGAUCAGUCAUCUCUAGAACAAGAAAUUAAGAAAUGUGAGCAAAAGAUUGGGAAGAGGAAACCUGAAUUUAUUAAAGUUUCGCAACUCUUGCGUCAUGUUAGCGAAAAGCACAAAGAGUCCAAAAAAUCCUUGGAGAAUGCUAGACAACUGCAUAGUACACAUCUACAAGAAAUCGAUCAGUUAGAGGCAGAAUAUGAGAAGAUAUCUGAUAUACAACGAGAUUAUGAGCAACAACAGUCUAAGAAAUCACUUGAACAAGGUCGAGACCUAGAACUAGAGGAAACUCAGUUGUCUGAAUAUCAUCGGUUAAAACAAAAGGUAGCUGAACGAACAUCACAUUUGUCUGCUGUGCUAGACAAUUUAAAUCGUGAGUAUAAUGAACAGAAAGAUUUAUAUGAUGCAUUGUACCGAAGAAAAAAUGAAAUUGAAAGUUCUUUGAAACGUAAAGAAACUGAAUUAAAUGAAAAUAAAAAACGCUUGCAAAAAUUAUUGGAGUAUAUUGACUCAAGUAAUCGUGCUAUAACCGAACAACGUGAAACAGAAAAAGCUAUUCGGGAAGAAGUUGAAUUGGCCACUAGACGUAUUGAUGAAAUUAAUGCUGAGUUAGAAACUGUUGUUUGUCAGCUUGGUGAAGCAAAAGUUGAACGACAUGAAUCAUCUCGUGCAGCCAAAAAACAAGAGCUUAUUGAAAAUUUAAAACGUCUUUUUCCUGGAGUUCAUGGCCGAUUACUGGAAAUGUGUCAACCAUCACAUCGCCGUUAUCAAGUGGCAAUUACGAAAGUCCUUGGUAAAUAUAUGGAUGCUAUAGUCUGUGAUAGUGAAAAAACAGCUAAAGAGUGUAUUCAGUAUAUGAAAGAUCAGCGUAUUGAACCGGAGACAUUUUUACCACUUGACUUUUUGGAUGUGAAGCCAAUUGAUGAGAAAUUACGUGAAAUCAGUGAUCCACCUAAUGUUCAUUUAGUAAUUGAUGUUAUCCAGUGCGAUCCAAUUAUAGUAAAGAAGGCGUUAACAUUUGCAUGUGGCAAUGCAUUAGUAUGUGAAACUGUCGAACAUGCUCGUUAUGUUGCUUAUCAUAUGGGUGAUAGAAAGAAGACUGUUUCGUUAGAAGGCACUCUCUUUCAACGUUCUGGUGUUAUAUCCGGUGGUGCAAGUGAUUUAAAAGCUCGCGCUCGCCGUUGGGAUGAGAAACAGAUAAGUACACUUAUGUCUAAACGAGAUGCUUUACAAAAUGAACUGAAAGAACAAUUAAAACGUAAACGUAAAGAAGCUGAAUUGCGAACUAUUCAGUCACAAAUCAAAGGUCUAGAUACUAGACUAAAGUAUACAUUAAAAGAUAAAGAUAGCACGGAAGAGAAACUUCUUAGUACAAACGAAGAGGAAAUGAAUCAAAUCGCUCGUGAAUUAGAAGAAGUUGAAGAAAGUUUAGGUCGUUGCCAGACAAAAAUGCAGGAAUUACAAAUAUCAGUUAAUGCCGAAAAAGCUAAAAUGGAUACUGUGGAGGAUACUGUGUUUCAUGAUUUCUGCGUACAGAUCGGUGUAGAAAACAUUAGACAAUAUGAAGAUCGAGAGUUGAGAGUUGCUCGUGAACGUGAUCGUAAACGGCUUGAGUUUACAAAUCAACUUCAAAGAAUAAAUAACCAACUGGAAUAUGAGCGAUCACGAGAUACUGAAGCAAAUGUUAAACGUUGGGAAGAGACUGUUUCCGUUGAACGAACUGAAAUGGAUAAGUGUAAAAAGCAGGAGAAAAAAAUUAAGGAAGAAAUGGAACAAGAAGAGAAAAAAAAGACAGAGGUUGAAUCACGUGUCGGUGAAUUGAAAUAUCGUGCAGAAAUGCUUGAUGGAGAAUUAGGUGAAAUUCGUAGACGUUUAGUGAAUAAACAACGUGAUAUUCAAAAAUUACAGAAGGAUUUGAAUCAAGCCGAAGCGAAAUUAGAAUCUAGACGAGCUGAACGUCAUUCACUUUUACAAGCUGCUAAGAUGGAGGAUUUAGAUUUGCCAUUGAAACAAGGUUGUGAUCCAAUUCCUGAAUUGAAUAGUCAGUUGACAGAUAGUGAAAAUAUGGAUCCUAGUACAGAGGAAAUGGCUCAUAUUUAUGAAUUGGAAGCUCGUUUACCGGUUGAUUUCAAACACCUUGAUAAGCCUUUGCGACAAAUGACUGAUGAGAAAGAAGUCAAUAGAAAAGCUGAAGAAAUGCAAAAUCAAGUUGAUUCAAUGUUAAAUAGUUUGGCUCGUAUACAAGCUCCAAAUUUACGAGCAGGUGAUAAAUUAGGCAGUGUUGAAGAACGCCUACGAUCAACUGAAGCUGAAUUUGAAGAUACACGACGUAGAGCUAAACGAGCUAAAGCUAGAUUUGAACGUGUUCGUCGGUUACGAUAUAAUGCAUUUAUGAAUUGUUUCAAUUCCAUCGCUGAUAAUAUUGAUCCGAUUUAUAAAAGUUUAUCAAGAAAUCCUGGUGCUCAAGCUAGUUUAUUACCAACUAAUGCAGAAGAACCAUAUUUAGAAGAGAUACAAUUUCAAUGUGUUGCACCUGGUAAACGUUUUCAACAAAUGGAUAGUUUAUCCGGUGGUGAGAAAACAAUAGCUGCAUUAGCUCUACUUUUUGCAAUGCACCGAUAUAAUCCAUCACCAUUCUUUGUACUAGAUGAAAUUGACGCUGCAUUAGAUAAUACGAAUAUUGGUAAAGUUGCCAGUUUUAUACGUGAAUAUGCUUCAGCACGUGCACAAAUUAUUGUUAUUUCAUUGAAAGAAGAAUUCUACAGUCGUGCCGAUAGCUUAAUUGGUAUUUAUCCAGAUAUCGAAAAUAAUUGUCUUGUCAGUCGUGUUUUAAGCUUUGAUCUGUCGAAAUAUAUUGAUACCGGUGAACAGUAACCAGUAAACACCGGCUUGUGGGGCAGCGAAUACACUCAGAUAGUUGUGCAUUUCUUUUAUACCUUAAUUAAUUUAUUUUAUCUAUUCUAGGUUGUAUUCCAAUAUCGUAAGGAUUUAUUCUAUUCUAUUUCACUAAUUUUUUUUUAAUUUUAUUAUCUACAAGUGAGCAGUAUCACUUACCUUUGCUCAUUAAAUACGGCAACAGAUAUUCUAUUUUUUGUUGUUGUUAUACAUAGAGUUAUGAUAAUUCUCCUCCAUCAGCCAACUAACCGUAUAGUACUGAUAUGUUUUAUUACAUUUUUUACUAACCAUUAAAAUCUUGUGUUCAUCCUAUAUUUACGUGUGUAUAAUCUACUCUGUACAAUUGUUAUUGUAUUUUUAAAUAAUAUAUUUUUUGAUAAAACAUGUUUUUUUUAGUGUAUUUGUUUUCAUUUCCAACAAGUGUUUGUGUACGUUGUUACAUAAUGUGAUGGGAUGUUUGAUGCGGUUCUAUUAAGAAACCGAGGUUUCUGAUUAGUUACUAUAGUUCACUUGGAGAUGUCUGUCUAAUGGUAUGGUAUGAUGUAUCGUCUAGAUUAGUGUUGAUUUAGCAUUAGUCGAGAUUAUAAAUACUCAAAGAAAAACAAUCCCUCGAUUUUUAAUUUCAACUAAAUAAUAGCUUUCAGGUCAUUCUUGAAACGAAGAAUAUUUGUAGCGCUAAAUGAGAAUUUUAGAGGUAUUGUGUUCUGUGAGCUGGACAGUUUAAGUGUACAAUUAUCCAUCCAACUUCGAGAACACAAUACCUCCAGGUAAUUCUUGAUAAUGAUUUAUAAAGAAAAAUCAAAUCGGAAUUCUAGGUUUCGUUUAGGAUUUUUCACUUAACUUUAACUUGAAUCUAUCUAAUCAAAUUAUUCACUCUUUUUAACAGAUUCGUCUAACAUUACUACUAUAAACAAUUAAUCUCCCUCGUUAACUUUUAUGCAACAGUACUAAAGUGUCUCUCAAACUAUAUAAACAUUCACUUGAUAUUGUUUUACUUGAAUCUUCCAAUGAUGUUUUAGGACUGAAAUUGAGUCCCAGAGUGAACAUCAACUCUGAGAUGCAGGUACAUCCAGCUGACGAGUCCCAAACAGGACGAAACGCGCGUCCUGGAUUCCGCUGCUAGCCACUAUCCAUCUUUGCUUAUAUAAACAUUCGUAAAGUUUCAAGAUCAAUAUGGUGUGAGGGAUCCAAGCCCUUGAUUGUCCAGUUCAAAUUCAACAGUUAGUUUAUCAGUACUUUUGUAACGGUUCAAGAAAAACGUAGAUAACAAACAGGAACAAAACGUGCAUCUACAUAGACUCCCUAAAAUAUCUACAAUUCCAAGGGUGUCAGUCUAGAAGUAAAUGUUCACAUCAAUCAUGUUUAGUAUUAUCGAUUUCAUGUAUACUUGAGAACACUAAAGCCUUCUCUAAGUAUUACUUCUAAGUAGACGAUUACUGGACCAACAUAAAAAAAUGUGUCUAUCGUCUGUACCUGUAGCUUCUUGUUUGAAAUUCUAGUCUUCAAAUCAAUAAACCACACCCUUGUAUCACUUUUAUUUCACUGAAACCUUAACGAAGUGAUGUUGGGAUCAUUGUUGCUAGCCUACUUCUGUCACAAAUAAUAUCCUAAAUAAAAUGUUCUCACUGAAAAAUGUUAAUCAUUUAUGAAAAACGAAUCAUUUUACCAAAAUCUUGUUUACUCUGAAAGUCAAUGCUCUUAAAAAUAUUCGUGGUAACUAUUAUGGAUUGAAAGUAUUUGUAACUUAUUAUAUGUGUAACAUUUAAAAUGUUGUGUAAUCGGUCAGUUAGUGAUCUAACGUACGAUCUGGUACAAUCCAAGUCGUUACACUUCUCAAUAAGCACAACAUGAGGGUAAUUUAAGUAAGUGAGAAUCUAACGAAGAUAAAUGAUAUACAUUUUAGUGUAGGCGAAACGUAUGUUGAAUAAAUAAUAUCAAAGAAUAGGAGAAGCGGGAUGAAAGUCAGCCAAAAAUGGAAAACACAACAAAUUUCAAUCAUUAGAAAAUACAGUUAUCUCAGUGAACAGAGGUUUACAGCCUCAUCAAUCGAAGGGCAAGAUAAGCUUUCUGUAUACAUUUUAUUUAAAAAUAUAGUUAAGAAAGUUCUGCAUAGUGUAAUUCCCAUCAAACAAUAGUAAUCUAUUCAUCAUUUUGUGGCUCACUGAUUUUUUUAUGGAAUUCUUCCUCGAAUUUCUUUUCUUGAGUAAUGAUUUAUGCUAGAAAAUAAUAGUAAUAAUUACAUUUUUUUCAGGCACACUUUUUAUCUCAUGUUGAAUAUUGUUUAAUUUCAUGCCGAGACCAAUUGAAAGUAAAAUUUAUUCCUGAAGCAAGUGAACGGUUUGUUUUAGGAUCACCAAGUUCAUAUGGUCAUAUUAGUGCUGUUCUUUCAGUCUAUGGUGAUUUAGUAUAUGAAGCUGACUUGAAUGUUCAUCGUACAAACACAUCAACAUCAUAUCAUUCUAUUAUAAAAGACAAUCACGGAUCACCGUAUAAAUUACAACAGAUACAAGAUUGUUUAAAUUAUGUCACAAAAUCCCUUGAAAAAAUAAAAUCUGCAGAAAUUUCCACAAGUGUAAAUGAUCUAACUGAAAGUCAAUCGUUUUUAUUCGAAUUAUUCUCCUACAUUCGAGAUGCUAAAGAUUGUUUAACACAACCACCGCGUAAAACUAUUGAAGAGCAUCUGGCCAAUCCUAGUCGGAGAUGUUUUUAUCCACCUAUACCGAAAGAUAUUGUCUUAAGCAUAUUUAUACGUGGUUGUUCAUUAGUAUUUGCAGCGUAUAAUUUAGUUUACAAUAGUUUGGAUAAACGAUGGGAAGUUUUAAACCGAUCAAGUGUUGAAUGUGUGAUACCAAGACUCCAGGAAACUUUAUCGUAUUUAGAUGCAGCUAUGAACACCUUAAUGUAUCUAAUGAAUAAACGUAACAUUUUAUAAUUCAUGGAUUGAAUUUAAUCCUGUUAAUUUUAUAUUUUCUCUCCCUCAUACUUGUUUUUAUUUUAAUUUAUUUCCUUAUUUGAUUUAUUUGACUCUUCAUUUCAUUGUCGUUAGAGAUUUGGUUUUCUAAACAUUAGCCUGCUGUAGUUUUUAUAAAAUUGUAUUUCAAAGGUAAAAACGCACUAAUCUUCGCUAUUUAGGAUUUUCACAAUGUAGAUGCAUAUUUAUUUUUUGGUUGUAUGCAAUUCAUUUGUCAAAUGCGAGUUUAUGUGCUGAAUUUUGAACUACACUUCAUAUGAGAACUAGUGAAUACUAUUCUACAGUCAAUGCCAAAUUAAUUGUUAUGAGAUUCAAACCUGAUGCCUCCUGGUUGACUUCUGACUAUCGUCACCACCAAACGACUGAAAGCUACAUUGUUUCUAUUUCUCAUGUGGUUUUUUGAAGUGUUCAGAUCUCUGUCAUACUAUGAGGACCUACAGUCUUACUAGUAAGUGGCGUAAGCUGGCAAUGUAAUGAAGCUAAUCAAUUAUUCCCCGCUUCAAUAUUCAGUCCAUUCCUUCGAUUAGAAACAUGCAUAAUAUUGACUUAAAACAUUGAUUUUGAUCACUCCUACUUUUUGAGUUUUCUUUUAUCAAAUAAAAUAUAUUCUUCUGGAUAAGUGGUGGAUUCUACAGAAAUUACUGUCAAUAUAUUAUCUUUAUUAUAUACGUCAAAUAAAUGGUUUUCAAUUUUGUAUAACUCAAAAUGUAUGUUUCUUGUAAAGUACGAUACAAGUAAUUCGCGGAGUGAUGCAAUGUGUUUUGUUGCCAUUCGAUGCAUUGAGAAUAAUAUUUCUACAUUGAUGCAGGUUUUCUAACGCUCUAGAAAAGAAAAAGUAGGUAUCACUUUUAAAAGCAGCAACAGAGAGCCUAACUGUUGACCGUAGACUCAUCUUUAUUUACUAGCCAUCUUUACUAAUACAACUGUAAUUGACUUGCUACGUAAUUUUCAGAUCUCGCCCUUAUAAUUUAGCAUUAGUUCAUUCUGCAGUGUAGUGUAUUAGGUAACUGCAGUGGCUCAAUUUCAUCCAAUGAACCAACAUUCGGAUUACAGAACUGGUGUUUUGUUCUUUAUACUUCCAAUGAUCAAUCACAGUAAACAUCUACUGGGACAGGGUAACCAUUUUCUAUGUUUGUAUGUGCUUUUCAAUGUAACAGCAAACCACUGAUAUUUUGAAGCGUUUUUUUCUUCUGUAACGGUCCAAGCUAUUCUGGGAAAUUUGUAACUGGAUGUAGCAUUGUAUCUCAUAUAGAACGUUAGAAGAAAUAAGAUGUAUUUUUGUAGACAGGCCACUAUUCCUGUCAUUUCAGUCAGUCAGCUGGCCGUUAAAACAUUUCUGUCGAAAUAACUUCUAAAUGAGGAUUGCUUGAUUCAAGAUUAUAUAUCAGAUCGCUCUGGAUUCGAUAAGAUCUGAGACAGUAAUGCAUUUGAAAUAUAUAUGCAAAGUGUACAGAUGACAUAUGUGAUCCCGUAAAAGCAGAAGUGCAAGAAUUAUUAACUCCAGUAAUGUUUCACUGUGCCGACAAAAGUGGAUCCUGUUUUACGAUCUUCCACUUAGUAGUGUGUUACUACUGUAUCUCAGAAUCUAAGUGUCUUUGACACGGGAUGAAUGCAUCUUGUAUGAACUUUUAGAAUUUCUUUCUAGGUCGGUGUUAC